AUGUGCAGCACCAGUGUGUGUGACCUGGAAGACAUCCCCCUGGAGGACGAUGACCCGAACAGCAUAGAAUUCAAAAUCCUGGCCUUCUAUGCCAGACACCAUGUCUUCAAGGGUGGGACCGCCCUCCUCUCACCCAAGCCGAAGAGAGUCAGGAGCUUGUCCCAGAAAGCUCUGGGAACUUGGUCAGCGGAGUCUUGGACGCAGAUACCUUGGCCCUGUAGAAAUUCCCCCUCCUGUGAGAGGCGCAUAGGCCUCGGCAAGAAGAAGUCUUCUUGGAGGACAUUCUUUGGAGUAACGGAGAAGGAGGACGCCUUGCAGAGCUCAUCCAGUGUGUUGCACUUGCAAGGUCCUGUAGCUGUGGAGCAGAAGAGUGGUUCCCACGGCCAGCAGCCGGCCAGGUCUCUUUCCAACGUGGACCAGUGCCUUGAGCGUGAAGCUGUGGACCCCAAAGUUGCUUCCAUUGCCAAUCGAGUAGCUGAAAUUGUUUGCUCGUGGCCACCCCCAGAAGACACCCAAUGGGAAAGCUUCAAGUUCAAAGAAAGUACGGCGCCAGAGAGUCAGUUCCUCCAGCAUGAGGUGUUCCUGCUUACGGCUGCAGGUUCGAAGAAAGCUCAGCCUUCCUCAGACGAAGAAGACCAAAUAAUAGGCAAAAUUGUUGAGUUGCUGAAACAUUCCGGGGAUCAAUUGGGAAGAGAGCUAAAGAAAGACAAGGCUUUGAUGAGCUGCUUCCAGGAUGGGCUGUCCUACUCGCUUUUCAAGACCAUUACAGACCGGUUCUUAGGGGAUGUGGAUACCCGAGGAGAAUCAGAAGUCAAAGUCCAGAGCUUCAAGGCAGCCCUUGCAAUAGACGCCAUAGCCAAGCUCACGGCGAUAGAUAACCACCCAAUGAACAGGGUGCUGGGCUUUGGGACCAAGUACCUGAAAGAGCACUUCUCACCCUGGAUCCAGCAGCAUGGUGGCUGGGAAAAGAUACUUGGGAUAUCACAUGAAGAAGUAGACUGA